UUGUAUGUGUUUCAGUUCUUUGCAUAGAAUGAACAUCUGAAAUUUCUACCAGAGAUGUUGGAUUCCUGACUUCAAGUGGAUAUCUUCAUACCUCUACCAAAGUACAUUUUGCGUAAUUUUCAAAAAAUUCUUGAUGCAAGAAAUUGGUUCUUUGCACUUUGUAAUGUAAUACAAAGCAUGAAGACUUCAGUAAUGUGAAAAAUAGUCUGUGACUUCAACAGGGAAAUAUAAUUUGGAAAUUUUCAUCUUUGACUUUGUUUUCAUUUCACUGUGUCUGUGCUAUUGAACAAAAUUGGAUAUUUUACCAUAUGUUAAAAAAACAGCAACGUUUCAAGACAUCAGAGUGUAUAUUUUUAAAAAUUGUCACCUUUUUCUUUAUCAGUAUAAUUCUGUGAUAGGAUUCAGUGUUUUAGGAGGCGCUUUCGACAAUAAAUUAAACGAUAAAAGAGUAGAAUGCCUGUUGUAUUCUCUUGUGCUCUGAGAUUUUUAAAAUAGGAAGUAUAAUUUAAAAUUAAUUCUUAAAUACAGAGAAUAUGAGAUUCCAAGGAUUUUAAAAGGACUAUAAAUUCCAUGUUUAUAGUGUGUUGAUUAAAUCAAUCUGAGUAUUUUUAUGAAUAUUUAAUAUGUGCAUUUCCCCAAAAUCAAUGGAAGAAAUUUGUUUCUUGAAUAUUUUAUGACAGAUUAACAUUACCAUCCUUGAAUGAAUUAUUUGAAAAGCUGUAAAUGAGUAAAAAUUAUGUUUUAGGCACUACAUAUAAAAUGAACUAUUGUGUAUAUUACAUUAAGCUAAAUUUCCCCCAUAAUCAGAAUCCUGCGAAAUGUCCAGAACACCUCAAAUUCACAUGUUCUUUGGUGCACCCAUUCUUCCAACUGCUCCAAGAAGCUCUAAAGAAGAUAAAUGUUCUUUAGCUACUGAGGAGCCAUGGAGGGAACUCUAUCUUUCAGUUACCAAUGACACUUUUAACCUUUGCUCUGACCAUCAGACCACAAAUGAUGCAGUUUUGGUUGCCGAUUCCAAAGAUCACUUCCCAGCAAACUUCGAAAAAGAAUGUGGCUUAGUUGAUGCCUUUAUGACAGAUUGUGCAAUGUGUGUUGGAAGUGUCAAAUCCUUCAGCAAUGUAAAUAAGGUGCUGAGUGAAUCACCUGACAGAGGUUGUUCUGUCUGCGGUGAUAUAAGCGGAGGGAACCAGAAGAAACAUCUUGUGUGUCAACAAAGCAAACCAAUUUAUACUGAAGGAAAAGCUAGUUGUAUAGUACGUAACCAUCUUGAUACUUCUCCCUUGGUUUCUAAGAUGAAAGAAUUUAAAAAAUGUGUGGUAGAGACUCAUAAUCCAUCAUAUUUUCAGUGUGAACCUCAUCUACUCCCAAGCCAGUAUCUGAAAACGUGUUUGCAAAAAACAGAUGAAUCAAAAACUGAAAACCUACGAGAUACACAUGCAAAUCUUGACCUAUCAACAGACACUGAAUUCCUUAGUAUUCUGACUUUAAGCCAAGUAGCUCUCUUUUCAGGACGGUAUGUUGUAGGUCAAAAUGAAAUGCAAAACAAACCUAUAGCAGUGGAAGGAGUAGAAUUGGCCAUACCUUGUCAGGAAGAUGAAGCAGAUGCAGAACCCCUAGUUAAAUUAAAUGAAGAUGGUGACAUGGCUGCUAAAAAGGUUGACAUAAACUGUAAACCAGACUCUGACAAUUCUGUUGAACUCUUUGAUUCAGAUAACUCUGGUCAAGAUAAUUCAUAUUUGGAAGAAACUAGCUUUCAGGAAAAUACUUGUGUGUCCAUAGGUCCUCUAUAUUUACCUGUUAAGAAACUUGAUAAUGAAGGGCACCACCUUAUACCCCAGCAGAAAAGACCGCUGUGUUCUCAAGAAGACCACUGUGCUGAAAGAUCUCAAGUGUCUGAAGAUAAUGUAACUACUUCUCACUUUACUUUUGGAGAUGAGCAGCCAUCCAAAAGAACUAAAUUAGUUUGUUCCCCAGUCUGCCCAGUACAAAAAACUGAAAAAACGAGGAUCCCAGGAGCUGAAAAAGCUCAGAAGCAGCUCUCAUUGCUAAAAGACUGUGUUGCCAAAGGCUGGAAGUACUCCAUCUUGGUCCUGGUGCUGCAUCCUUGUCAUAUCAAAGAAGUCAAGCUAGGAACUGCCGUGUCCUCCAAAGUCCCCUUAGCCACAGUUGUCGUUUCCGAUCAGUCGGAAGUACAACGGAAGGUGGUGUUGUGGAGAGCAGCAGUGUUUUUAUCACUUGCCAUCUUUCCUGGAGAUAUCGUACUAUUCACAGAUCUUGUUGUUUAUGAGAACCACUGGGUUGGUGAAAUGAUGCUGCAGUCAACGUUUACCACCAGACUGUUGAAUCUUGGAAGCUGUUCAGCUAUUAAUCAGAAGGAAGUGUCACACGUAGUCGACAGUAAUAUUCUCCAGGAUCUGCUGACGUGUGUUUCUGCGAAGCAUGCCCCCCUUCAAGCUCUCCCUCCAAGGCGAAGGCAGAGUCUGGACCAGGUUCCACACAUUCUUCUAGGCCAGCUCAAACCAGAUACCUUGGUGCAUGCGGUACUGAAAAUCAUCAACAUCUCAGUGCUGACAGAAUCUAUGUAUAGCUUUAAAGGAGAAAAACAAAGAAAAAUUAUCUUAACGGUGGAACAAAUCAAGGAUCAGCCUUAUGCCUUGGUUGUCUGGGGAGAAGCAGCAGACCAGUGCCUUCACCUUCAAAGGAAAAAAGAUCAUAUUUGGGAAUUUAAAUAUCUCUUUGUAAAACACAGUCCUGUCUCUGGUGACUUGGAACUGCACACAACUCCCUGGUCGGUCCUGGAGUGCCUUUUUGAUGAUGAUCGAAGAGCUCUUGCCUUCAAAGAGAAGUUUGAAAAGAACGUGAAAGACUCAAUGAAGAUGACCACUCUUGCUACACAUCUAGAUGAGAAGUGUUCUGGAAUAAUCCAAGCGAAGGCCUGCGUUUCAAAGUUGAACUUUACGGGCGCGUGCUUGUCAUAUGGGCAGGCUGUCUUUGACGCUGAUACUUCGCUGCAGCACAUCUUCGCUUCUCUGCCUCUGAUCACCUACACGGGAUGUGCAAAAUGUGGCCGUGAACUCCAGGCAGACGAUAAUGAGAUCUACAACCAGUGCCUUGCCUGCUUACCUUUUAACAAAGUCAAAAUAUUCUACAGACCUGCUGUGAUGACCGUUGAGGAUGAGGGGUAUGAAAUCCCCGUCCGGGUGGGAUCCGAACUGAUGGAGAAGAUAUUCCUUAAUGUUCCAGCGGAAUGGCUGAAGAAGGCCAUAGAGCCUUCCUCAGAUACCACGUACGGGAUGAUCGUAGCCGACCUGUGCCACUCGCUGCUCACUGACCCAGAGGCCUCCUAUCUUCUAACCAUCAGGAGCCAUUUUGUCCUGGAUGAAAAUAGUUUUCCUCUGGAGAAAGAUUUCCAGCUCCUGAGUUUCCACCUUGAUCUCUGAAGCAGCCAUUUCUAAUGAGUUUCUUCAGUCAACUCCAUCCACAUCCACGUAAUGAUGUAAAAUGGGGGGAAAGUAAAUGUUUCUCCUGGAAUGGAUACAUUUUAUUUUUAUGAAUA